GGCACUAGGCACGCGAAGGACUAGACUUCUCCUCUAACCCUUUUUGACUUCACUCUCCUCUUCAUCACUUUGUGAACAAGUGAGUGAGAGAGAGAGAGAGGCUGAGGAUGAAGAAGCCGCAGCUGAAGCUGAAUGUGUGUACAGUGUUGGUGGUGGCAUUGGCAGCUGCCUUUGUCAAUCUGAAACUCAAUGUGGGUGCUUUGAGUUUGAACGAAUCAGUGAACAUUGAGAGAAAAGAUGCAGUCUUGUUCGACAACGAUCAUGUCUCAGCCUCAGCCUCACCGACACAGCCUCAGCCUCUCAUGGUGGCCCUCACUCUUAUCGACAGCGCUGCUUCUAAAGGAGCUGUCUGUUUGGAUGGAACACCGCCCGGUUACCAUCUGGAUCGUGGGUCUGGAUCCGGUGCAAACAGCUGGCUCAUUCAGUUGGAGGGAGGUGGGUGGUGUAAUACUAUCAGAAAUUGUGUUUAUCGCAAGACCACUCGCCGCGGUUCAUCCAAAUACAUGGAAAAGCAAUUACCAUUCACAGGAAUUUUGAGCAAUAAACCUGAAGAAAACCCCGAUUUCUUCAACUGGAACAGGGUCAAGCUACGAUACUGUGAUGGGGCAUCUUUUGCCGGAGACAGCCAGAAUGAGGCUUCACAACUUAAUUUUCGAGGCCAAAAGAUUUGGUUGGUUGCUAUGGAAGAGUUGAUGUCUAAGGGAAUGCAGAAUGCUAACCAGGCUCUUCUUUCUGGAUGUUCCGCUGGGGGUCUGGCAUCCAUACUACACUGUGAUGAGUUCCGGGACUUGUUUCCAACCAGUACCACAGUGAAAUGUCUGAGUGAUGCUGGGAUGUUCCUUGAUGCAAUUGAUGUAUCUGGUGGGCACACACUAAGGAAUUUGUAUGCAGGAGUAGUUAGCUUGCAGGAAGUGCAAAAGAAUCUUCCAAAGACUUGUAUCAACCACCUAGAUCCAACUUCGGUAAUUCUCUAUGCUGUAUAUUUCUAUUUGUUGUCAUGGAAUUGCAAGUAUGGUAAUUUAAGAAUUGUAAAGAGUUCUAACUCUCUCUCUCUCUCUCUCUCUCUCUCUCAGUGCUUUUUUCCUCAGAAUUUGGUCGCAAAUGUUAAGACGCCAAUGUUUCUUUUAAAUGCAGCCUAUGAUGCUUGGCAGCUCCAAGCUAGUUUAGCCCCUCCAUCUGCUGAUCCUAAUGGUUUAUGGAAUGAAUGCAAAUCAAACCGUGCAAAUUGUAAUUUAUCCCAGAUCCAGUUUCUCCAAGAUUUCAGGAAUCAAAUGCUCAGUGCUGUGAAAGAUUUCUCAAUGUCCCGUGAAAAUGGUUUAUUCAUAAACUCUUGCUUUGCUCACUGCCAGUCUGAGAGACAAGAUACAUGGUUUGCUGAUGAUUCUCCUGUUCUUGAAAACCAGGCAAUUGCACUGUCUGUUGGAGACUGGUACUUUGAUCGAAGGACGGUUAAAGCUAUUGACUGUGAAUACCCCUGUGAUAGCAGCUGUCACAAUCUUAACUUCAAAGAGGAUGUAACUUCUACGACAUUGACAUAUUCUCAGUCUGCAAAGUUGUCUAUUACCGUGCUAAAUCUGCUAGGUGCCUUGUUGAUGCCUAUAACGUGUUCGAGAUGCAUAACGUGGUUUUCAUUUGUCCACUGAUAACAGAUUGUAUCCCUGUUUAUAAUCACACAAUUUUAAGAUAUAGAUUGGGUUCAAUUUACUAGUUCGAUGGAUUAAAUAUUCCGGCAUGCAUUUUGGGCUUAACUAAAUCAGCUAAUUCUUAACAGAGUUUGCUUUUAAGAUCAAAGUUAGGACCGAAAACGGUGCCUUUCAUUUAGUCCCAUGCAUUGAUUUUCAUCCAUAUAUCUUUUGCUCUC